AUGACUCCCCCACCCCGUGUAUCAGGGGCGGAGCUCGACUGGGCGGCCAAGGCGCGGCUCUGGGCGGAGCAGCGGGCGGCGCAGGAAACGGCGGACGCGGCGGCGGCGGCAGCUGCGGCGGCAACAAGUAAAGAAGCAGCAGCUAACGAGGACAAGGAACCGCCGAAGCAGGAUAUUGCAGCAGCGGAUGCGGGGGGGGGGGGCGCCGGGAACGCAACUGCAGGAUGUGGUACGUACAACGGAGUGUACUCGGGAUAUGGGGAUGCCAAUGCGCCUGACGCUGCUGCAGCGUCAGCAGCAGCAGCAGGAGCGGCGGCAGCAGGCGGAUUCCCCCCUCAGCACGCGCACGACCAGCACUACCCGCGCCUGCCCCCGCCGCCUCCCGCUCCGCCGCUCCUCUCCGCCCCGGCCCCCGCGCACGCCUCCGCGCUCCCCCCUCCGCCCGGCCCGCCGCCGCAAUACCCCCCACCCGCAACACCAGCAACAGGGGCGGUAGCAGCAGCCGCGUACGUGCCGCCAGCCAAUCAGGCAGCAGACAUGUCAGUACUCUCACCAGCAGUGCUGGCGGCGGCACAGGCGGCAGCAGCAUCUGCAGGAAUGUAUUUCGACCCGGCUGUAUAUGACAUGGGCGGGGGUGGCUCCAUCACUCCCGGCGCUAAACCAAAGAAGUCGCUCCCCUCAUGGCUUGUGGACGAGGUCAUCAAGAAGAAGGCAGCCUUAGCAGCAGCAGGAGCGGCAGACUCACCUGCCAAAGCCCCCCCCAAGGACAAAUGGUACAACGAUAGAGGCCCUCUCGCGGGAACUGGUGCUGGCGCUGGUGGUGCUGCGCGUGGUGCCUCUGGUCGUGGUGGUGGGGGGAGAAGGGGUGUGGAGAGUGAUGAUGAGGAAGAGGACGAGGAGGAGGAGACAGAGGUGCAGCGGAGGAUGGCGAUGAAUAAUGAGAUCAAACGCGUGCUCACAGAAGUGCUGCUCAAGGUGGGUGAGAUGUUGAGUCCUUUCCACCCCAUUCCCACCCCCCCACCCUGCACUCUCCCCCCACACUCUCCCGCCCCCUCACACUCUCCCCUCUGCCCACACUCUCCCCCCCCCCUCACAUUCUUCCCUCUGCCCCACAUUCUCCCAUCCGCCCCACCCUCUCCCCGCCCUCUCCCCGCCCCACUUUUUCCCAUCCGCUCCUCACUCUGCGCCCUGCCCCAUGCUCUCCCAUCCGCCCCGACCCCUUCUACCUGCCAACAGGUGACUGACGACAUGGUGAGGCGGAUUGCCAAGGAUGCUCUCAGGGAUCCCCGCGAGGAGGAGGACGAGGAGGAGGCGGAAGAGGAGGAGAAGGGGAAGAAUGUUAGUGGAGGGAAAUGGGUGACAGUGGGUGAAGGGGAGGAGGAUGAGAAGGAGAAGGAGGAGGAAGAGGAGGAGAAAGGGACCGGGGGGGAGAAGGAUGGAAACAGGGGUAUGGAGGUGGAGGAGAAGGAAGAUGGGACAGCAGGUGAAGAGUCAGGUGAAAAACCAGGUGGGGCAGGCGUGGUUGAGGAAAACAGGGGGGUUGUGGAAGGAGGGGCAGGUGAGUUUGGGAGGAAGGGGGUGGUUGAGACGAGCAAGGCAACAGGUGCCGAGAGGAAGGCGAAGAGUAAGAGGAAGAAGAAACGGGCCGGAGGGGUUGGAGGGUUGUUGGGUGGAGGGCUGUUGGGGAUUGCAUAUGGGAGCGAUGAGGAUGAUGAGGAUGAUGAGGAUGAGGAGGGGGAGGGGGAGGAGGAGGAGGAGGACGACGACGACGAAGAGGAUGAGGAGAAGGAGGAGGAGGAGAAGGAAGAGGAGGAGGAAAAGGAGAAGGAGGAGGAGAAUGGAGUUGUAAGGGAUACAAAGGACAGAGGGGUUGAUGGUGGUGAUGGGGGUGGGAGUGCGGUGCCGAGAGACGGAAUGGGGAGGGAGGAGCAAGUGAAGGAUGGUGCGUUGGAGGAGGGGAAGGAUGGGGAAGAAGGGGAUGAAGGGGCGAAGAUGGAGGGAAGGCAGGAGGAACGGGGCGAUAAGAGCAUGGGGCAGCAGGAGGGAGGGGAAGAGGUGCGCACAGGGGCGGAUGAUGAGGGGGAGAGGGGGAGGAGGAGAAAGUGUGGCGAGGAUGAUGGGGUAGGGAAGGGAAAGAAGACAGGGGAAGGGCGUGGGAGGGCGAGGGGAGAGGACGAGGGAGGGGAGGAGGAAAGCAAGAAAGGAAAGUCGGGCAGGAGGGGUGAGAGGGAAGAUGAUAAGGAGAAGGAUGGGGAGAGUGAGGAGAGCGAGGGGAGGAAGGAGAAAAAUAGAGGGGAGCAUGAGAGGAAGGAGGGAAGUGAGAAGAGGCAUAGAGAAGAGAGGGAUGGGAAAGGGAAGGGGGGGGAUGAUGAAGAUGGGUUGGGGUCAAGGAGCAAGCAGAAGAGCCGAGAGGCAAGGGAGUCUCAGGAGAGGAAGAGGGCGAAGGAGAAGGAGAAAACUAAAGAGAAGGAUAAAAGGAAGGAUGAAGAGAAGGAUGAUGGAAAAGAGAAGGAGAAGAGGAGUGGUAGGGGUGAGGAGAGGAGCAAAGAGAGGGAUGAGAGGAGGGGCAAGGAGAGGGAGAAGGAGAGGAGUGUUGUGAAGGGUGGGGAGAGGGAAAAGGACAGAGACAGGAGGGGGAAGGAGAGAAAGAGGGAUGGAGAUGAGGAGGGGAGCAGGGACGAAAGCAGGGAGGAGGGCGGCAGGAAGGAGCGUAAGGAGGAUGGCAAGGAGAGGAAGGGAUCUAAAGGCGAGAAAGAGGAGGAGGAGGAGAAGGAGAAGGAGGAGCGUAGGAGCAAGGAGAAGCGUGAGAGGAAAGACAAGUCUGAAGGCAGGAGGAAGGAGGAGAGCAAAGAGAAGAAAGGAGAAGCUGAUGCUGAUGCUGACAGUGACGAGGAUAGGAGUGGAGAGCGGGAGAGGGGAAGCAAGCACGGGCGAUUGGAGAGAAAGGAGGCAGGAAGGAAGGGCAGGCAUCGCAGCAAGUCGCGGUCCCGGUCCCGGUCCUGGUCCCCUCAACCCGAGCGCUCUUCCAGUGAUGGGGACGAGGAGGGGGAAGAUCGUGGCAGGCAUGGGAAGCGUGGGAGCAAGGACAAGGGGAGGGAGCGAGAGAGAGCAGAGAAGAGCAGCGAGAAGGAGAAGGAGAGUAGGAAGGGGAAGGAGGAGAGGCGGGAGAAGGAAAGCAAGAGGGACAAGGAGAAGAGGAAGGACAAGGAGGGGGGCAAGGGAGAGAGGCAUGGGGAGCAGAGGAGGAGCAGGAGGAGGAGUCGCAGUUGUAUAUGCGUGAGCAUUCGAGCGGAUGCACCUGCACUCUCUCUGCAGUGCUGUCCCUCCCUCCUCUCACCCUCUUGUCCCAGCCCCCCUCUGGGCGGACCAGUUUGUCCUUCCUGUGCCGCCACUGCUUUCACACAGAGCAGCGCACGCCUCUCAGCAGACCAGCUCCCGUGCGCGGUGGCACUUUCUCAGCCUAACAACCAACACCCCCCCAUGCGCGGUGGCCUGUGGUCGUGUUUCCGGGUCUGCGGGUUUCCUUUCCCUCUCCCUCCCUCCCACUUCUCUCUAUGGUUCCGAUCCUCCUCCCUGCAGGUACCGGUCUGA